ACAGUUGUUGCUCAUUACUUCUCCAGCCGAGUAUUAUUUCAUCACGUCCGGAAUACAGACUUUUUUUUUAAUCAGAAUACAGACUUCAAAAUAUGGAAUAAACCAACUGGAAACAGGAAUAUAAUCAACCAAACCCCCAUUUUUCAUUUUCCCUCUAUACUUUUGACAGUUAAAAUAGUUUACACCAAUAAGUCCGAUUAACGGCAGCAAAAUCGAGUUGCUGUCUUAAAAAGGAAAGAGCCCAAUUUCUCAUGCUUUCUUCUCAUUUUUGUCCUUCUCCUUCUCCCUCUCUCUCUCUCUUCCACUUCCCUUCCUCUCUCUGUUCAUUGACCUCCACCACCACCACAGGCUGACACCAGCCCUAGCCAGCUUCCUUCCCUUCUUCUGCCGGCGCUUCUCUCAGUCAUUCAUUCCGGCCAUCGCCACAGAGCUCUUGCACUCCUUCCCCGUUCCCAUCUCAGGUACUGUUUUCCAUUAUCUGCAUCCUCAAAUCUCUGUUGUGAUCGAUUAUUCCGAUGCUUCCUGCCUUUUAGACUCAUUCCUGCACCAUCCGGCCUCCGCCGGCAUCUCAAACUUGAUGGAUCUGAUUUCCUUUCUCUACUAGGCGUUCAGAUCUUUAACUUAAUCUUUACCCUCUCUUGAUUUCCAGCUCCUUCCCUUGAACCCCGCCGGCCGGCAAAUUUCCCAGGAAGCCCAAAUCCAUGAGGAAGAAGGAGGGAUUCAGCUUCUCCUGGGUUCUCCUCUGCUACUUCGCCGCCGCCGCCGCUUCCCUCCACCUCAUCGGAGCUCAGAACUAUGCCCCCACGGACAAAAUCCUUCUCAACUGCGGCGCCAGCACGGAUCUCAACGACACAGAUAGCCAGACGUGGCACCCGGACAACCAGGGCUCCAAGUACUUGCCCCCAUCGGGGAACUCCCUGACCGCCGCCGCGGCCUCUCAAAACCCUGGGGUCGCUCAGGUCCCCUUCAUGUCCGCCCGCAUCUUCCGGUCAAACUUCACCUACACUUUCCCCGUCGGUUCGGGCCACAAAUUCCUCCGCCUCUACUUCUACCCAGCUUCCUACGGCAACAAUCUCAACUCCACCGAUGCUCUCUUCUCCGUCUCCGCCGGGGGGUUCACCCUGCUCAACAACUUCAGCGCCGCCCAGACUGCAUCGGCUCUCAAUUGGGACGUCGUCGUGAAGGAGUACUCCAUCAACGUCGACGCCGGAUCCCUCAAUGUAACGUUCUCCCCAUCCACGACUUCUUCCAGAUCUUUCGCGUUUGUGAAUGGGAUUGAGGUUGUGUCCAUGGAUAAUAUCUACGGAGAUCCCAAUGGAGCUCUGCCCAUCGUAGGACAGAGCGGUACUUAUGCCAUCGAUAACUCAUCGGCCCUGGAGAAUGUCUACCGCUUGAAUGUCGGAGGCAACGAUAUAUCGCCUUCCGGCGACACUGGGAUGCUCCGGUCGUGGAGCGAUGACCAGCCCUACAUCUACGGUGCAGCAAUUGGAGUUGCGGAGUCUGCUGAUCCUGGGACCAGCCUCAAAUUCCCUUCUGGAACCCCUUCCUACAUCGCCCCUGAGAAUCUCUACCUCACGGCGAGAUCCAUGGGUCCAGGGCCGCAAGUCAACCUGAAUUACAACUUGACCUGGAUAUUCAAUGUCGAUUCGGGCUUCAAUUACUUGGUCAGGCUCCAUUUCUGUGAGAUGUCCAAUAUCACGAAGAUAAACCAGAGGGUGUUCAAAGUCUACAUCAACAAUCGGACGGCAGAAGACGCUUUCGAUGUGAUUGCCUACGCCGGAAGUAGUGGUGUUCCGGUUCAUAAGGAUUAUGUUGUUCUGGUCGCCGGCGGAACCCCUCAGCAGGACCUUUGGUUAGCACUUAAUCCCAAUAACGCUUCUAAGCCAGAGUAUUACGACGCAAUCUUGAAUGGAGUCGAGAUAUUCAAGCUAAGCAGUCCAGCUGGUAAUCUCGCCGGCCCUAAUCCAAUUCCUCUCCCCAAGCAAGAAGUAAUUGACCCUUCCAGGGUUAGGCCGGCAGCCAAGCAUUCCAAAAGCCGCGUUGCAGUGAUCGCCGGUUGCCUAUCAGCUGCUUUGGUCGUCGCCCUUAUUGCCGGUUUCUGCUUCGUUAAUGAAUCUCGUCGCCGUAGGCAAGGGAAGGAGCCGAAUUCGAGCGAUGGUCCAUCCGGUUGGCUUCCACUCUCUCUAUACGGCAACUCGCACUCAGCAGGUUCAGCCAAGACAAACACAACAGGAAGCUAUGCCUCUUCUCUGCCAUCGAACCUCUGCCGCCACUUCUCCUUUGCUGAGAUCAAGGCCGCCACCCACAACUUCGACGACUCUCGUGUCCUCGGAGUAGGAGGCUUUGGUAAAGUGUACAGGGGAGAGGUGGAUGGUGGGACGAUGAAAGUUGCUAUCAAGCGUGGCAACCCGUUGUCUGAACAGGGCGUCCACGAGUUCCAGACCGAGAUAGAGAUGCUCUCCAAGCUCCGACAUCGCCACCUUGUUUCCUUGAUCGGAUACUGCGAGGAGAACUGCGAGAUGAUUCUGGUGUACGAUUACAUGGCCUAUGGAACAUUGCGUGAGCACCUGUACAAGACUCAAAAGCCUCCCUUGCCGUGGAAGCAACGGCUGGAGAUCUGCAUUGGCGCUGCCCGUGGCCUCCAUUACCUCCACACGGGUGCCAAGCAUACAAUCAUUCACAGGGAUGUGAAGACGACCAACAUCCUGUUGGACGAGAAGUGGGUGGCGAAAGUUUCCGACUUCGGGCUGUCGAAAACCGGGCCGUCUCUGGAUCACACCCACGUGAGCACGGUGGUGAAGGGGAGUUUCGGGUACUUGGACCCGGAGUAUUUCAGGAGGCAGCAGCUGACGGAUAAGUCUGAUGUGUACUCUUUCGGGGUGGUUCUGUUCGAGUGUCUGUGUGCUCGGCCUGCAUUGAACCCUACCUUGGCGAAGGAGCAAGUGAGCUUGGCCGAGUGGGCUGCCCACUGUCACACGAAGGGGAUGCUGGAACAGAUUCAGGACCCUUACUUGAAGGGGAAGAUAGCCCCCGAGUGUUUCAAGAAGUUUGCCGAGACAGCCAUGAAGUGCGUCUCUGAUCAAGGGAUCGAGAGGCCUUCGAUGGGUGACGUGCUGUGGAACUUGGAGUUUGCGCUGCAGUUGCAGGAGAGCGCGGAGGAGAGCGGGAAGGUGUGUGGCGGAGGUGGGAUCGAUAACGAGGAGGAGGAGCCGUUUACCGGGUGUGGUGGGGGGAAGAAGGACCCGAACGAGGAGUCGCCUGGGUUGGAUGGUACGCAGACGAGCGGGAUGAGCAUGAGCAUCGGGGGGAGGAGCCUUGCGAGUGAAGAUUCGGACGGGCUGACUCCCAGCGCGGUGUUCUCGCAGAUCAUGAACCCUAAGGGGCGUUAGGAUGGAUGAGAGUGCAUGGAAAAGAAAGCAGAGGGGGGCCUAACGGCGUUUUAGUUUUUUACUGGAAGGAUUAAAUCUGAUAUAUUUCAUUCGUUUUGUAACAUGGAUCUAUCUUUGGCUUGUUGUUUUAUUACCUUGGGUUAUUAGCGUUCUCAUCAUCAAUAUAAGAGAAGAGUACUGGUUUAUGUAUUUAUCUACAGCGAGGUGGGGUGUAAAAAAUAAUUCAAGGGGAGGGUGAGGGUGAUUGUAAUUUGUUGCUGCUGGGUGGGUCUAUUGUGACUGACAGAUGAACACAAUGUCGUUGUUGGUUGAAAUUUAUACAAAAUGUUGUUUGUUUCUUUUGUUUUGGUUUUGAUGGUGUGUUGAUUGGAGGUGUUGGGAUGUGGUAGAGAAUUAUAUUUGCAUGUGGAGGGCAAUGAAUCGAAGACAUUUGU